AUGGAAAAUGGAAACAUCACUGAUACACAGAUCACUGCCUCUUCAGAAUGGUGGAGAGCUGGUGCCUACCGGGGCAGACUACACUUAAAAGCAGCAGGAGACAUGAAAGGUGCUUGGUCAACGCGCGGAUUAGAUAACUAUCAGUGGCUCCAGGUUGACUUGCGCAGUUAUAAUGCAAGAGUUACUGGUGUAGCGACACAAGGAAGACAGGACGCGAGGGAGUGGGUUAAAAAGUACAAGCUGCAGUUCAGUUUUUUUAACGAACCAGGCAGCUUUCAAACCUACAAAGAAAAAGGCCAAAAUAAAGAAAAGGCAAGUUAAGCACUUUUUUCCAUACCUCUUUUCCUGCCAUGAAAGUCUUUAAACAGGUUUCAACAUCUCAGAGAGAGAGAGCGAGAGAGAGAGAGAGAGAGAGAGAGAGAGAGAGAGAGAGAGAGAGAGAGAGAGAGAGAGAGAGAGAGAGAGAGAGAGAGAGAGAGAGAGAGAGAGAGAGAGAGAGAUGUUUUAUUUAGACAGGUAGUAUUAUCAGCUAAAGCUGGUUUACAUAAAAGCCGUGUUAAAAAAUGUAUAUAUCUAUCACCGGUUUCGAGAUAAUAUUAAUUAGUUUUGAUAAAAGAAAUAUUUGUAAGACUAGAAAUUAACUUUUGAUUAAUUAAUUUUAAGCUAGGAUUAUAGUAAGGAAUCAAAGAGGCUGGGGAGCAAUCGGUGAAAUUUAGAUAUAAAAAAUUAAAGUUCAUUGAUUUGCAUUAACGCAAUUCCUCGGGUAAUUACUUGCAAGGAUAUGCUCCCCUAUAGCUAGCCAAAACGUUUUUUGCCACAAUUGGUUUUGGGAAGAGACAAUUGAAAUCGAUAAAAGGAGCCCCUAGUAUCAUGCGCAGUUUUGUGCUUCUUGAAGCGUCAGAGCUAGUUCAGAACCCAGGCCCUCCCAAACAACGCUGCAAUAGUCAAAGUACAGUUGGAUAAAAGAGUUGUACAUUGUUUGGAGGGUCGACGGAGGAACAAAUUGUCUCACACGCUUAAGCGCUCCGAUUGCGCUGGUUAACAAUUCUUUCAGGUCCCCUCUAUAUGUACUGCCCAUGUUAUGAUCCGAAACAGCAGUCUGAGGUGGACGGGGCCUAGGUGUUAGUUGUCUAAUGUACACUAAUAAGUAAACUAACUGUUUCCCAAAUAUACGGGAAUGUAAAAUAACAAUGACGUCACCCUGUUGCUAUUGUUCUUCGAUAGCGAUGAAACUCCAUUUUAGGGGAGGCACUGUAAGGGGGAAGGGAGAAGGAGUCCUAGACACUGAGGCAGCUUGUUUUUUUCUUGGGAAACGUUCGGCAGUUUAGAAACAACUCAGUGCAGUUGCUUCAGUAAAAAUAAAAUCGAAAGAACUUGCGUUUGAUUAACGAAAAACUGAAAAACAAAAACCAUUCAGUAUUAUAUUUUGUGGCCCCUAUAGUGUGAGUGUGUAUGUGAUCGAUCGGUUUUGGGGAACAGUUUGUUUUAAAAUUAUUCAUGUUUGGUUUAUACUAAGUAACAAUCUGUUUUUACUCUAAUUGUAUGUAGCUAUUUGAUGGAAACAGUGAUCAAAACACCGUUGUUCUUCAUAACCUGACAGAAGUUAUUAUGGCCCGUUAUAUUCGCUUUCAACCGACGGAUUGGCACGCACGCAUAUCCAUGAGAGUUGAGCUCUAUGGCUGUUAUGCUGGUAAUGUAUUCUUUCUUUAUGCUGUGUCUGCGCUAAUCAUCAGUCGCAAUGUUUUAGGCAUGAAUGGUGGCAACAUAAAAAAUCGCCAUGAACACUGAACAUACUAACCUUUUGUUUAACACGGGAGAGCAUUUUGUUGAGAAAAUAUCAUAACGUUAUAAAAGUAGGGAAAAGUUCCAUUCACGAUCAACCCAUGGCCAUAUCACAGAUCCUGGUCGUCCUCCUUCUCUAUUUCUUUCCCUUUUGUCACUUCUUCAGUCCCCUACACUGCACCAACUUGUUUUUAGCAAGAGCAGAAUAAAACGUAAUAGAUUUAACUUAUUGAAUUCAAAUUACGUCGAAAUUGAUUUCAGAGAACUGGAAGAAGAUAAAUAUUGAGCCAGUCUGCUUUGGAGCAAAGGAUGACUCACACGGAACCUUUAACAUCACAGAGAGUGGGGUCAUUUAUACGUUUAAACUGGUUCAUCUGAGGGGCUCAGUUAGCUGUAACCCCAAUUACCCAUCUUCCUUCUGGGGAUGUGGCCAUCCGCAUUAUAACGAAGAGAAAUUACUUACUAUCAUAACGUUUCAGAACAAGUCUGCUCUUUUGCUCGCAAAUUACAAGAAAACACAGGGCUAUGGCUGUAGAUAUUAUUCGUACAAGAUAGAAGGUGUAGGUGUUAACGAGCCCGAACUUUGGUUUAACACCCUUCCCUCUCCAAUAUCCGUGUCUGUUGGACAAGAGUUCCAACUUUGGUAUGGGCCGGACUUAAAGAACUGUUCCGAAGACGAUAAUAGCGGUCAUACAUGUGCUGAUGUUUAUGCGUGGUAUGAGUGA